CCUAAAUGUUGUGGAUAAGCUAGUUCUAGAGUCUCCUCCGUAUUAUCGCGUAAAGUUCAUAAGUCAGCAUGACUACUUAUCAGUUCAUGUCAUAGCUGAAGUCAUAUCGUAUUACCACGCGCGCUAUUUGAAAACGACAUUGGUAUUUUCCCUCGCUGAAUGGAUUACAUGAUGAGUAUAGUCAAUAUAUCCAUUUCUUGUUAACGAAAGAAAGCCGCUUCUCAUAAUCAAUUCAUUUCUUUCUCAAUGAGACUAAGUAAAAACCAACUUUUAUCUUAUAGAACUUUAAAACAAGUUAAUUCAGUCAUUAAGUCUCCUUUUCGUCUAUUAAAAAGACAAUUUUCAAGUGAAAUUCAAACUUGUAUCGUUGGUAGUGGCCCAUCAGCAUUUUAUACUGCUCAGACUUUACUAAAAAACCAUCCAGGUGUGCAUAUCGAUAUGUUUGAAAAACUUCCUUCUCCUUUUGGUCUAGUCCGUUAUGGUGUUGCUCCAGAUCAUCCUGAAGUAAAAGUAUUGUCGGCUAAUUUUUAUUUUACUGUUAUUUGAUACAAGAAUGUGAUAAAUACUUUUACAGAGGUUGCUAAGAAUAUGCGAUUUUCUUUCUUGGGAAAUGUUUGCAUUGGAAGAGAUAUUAAACUGAGAGAAUUACAAGAAGCUUAUUCAAUCAUUAUUUGGGCUUAUGGUACUGCUGUUGAUCGACGUUUGGAUAUUCCUGGAGAGGAUUUGCCAGGUGUUUUGUCUGCUAAAGAUUUAGUAGGAUGGUAUAAUGGUGUACCCAGCGAUGUCAAUUUUUCUCCUGAUCUCAGCUGUGAAACAGUUGCUAUUAUUGGUAUGGGAAAUGUAGCAGUUGAUGUCGCACGUAUUCUUCUUUCUCCAAUUGAUCGAUUAAAAUCUACCGAUAUACCAGAACCUGUGCUUGAUUGUCUGUCAAGAAGUAAAGUUAAGAAUGUCACUUUAAUUGGUCGAAGAGGUCCGUUACAUGUGGCGUUUACUCUAAAAGAAAUUCGCGAACUCUCAAAACUUCAUAUAACCUCAUCUCAGUCUAACUGUUUCAUAAACUUACUACCAAAGGAUGUAUUUUCUGUAACUAUGGGGACAUCUAAUCAAAUUGAAGAGUUGUUAUCAGAACUUCCUCGCCCUCGGCGUCGUUUAACAGAAUUUCUGUUAAAAAUGCAUAAUUCCUCCGAUCACAAGAUGAGUCAUACAGCAUACCCAGUGUAUCAUUGUAACUUACAGUUCUUACGUUUUCCAAAAGAAAUUGUUUCGUAUGGGGAACAUCAUUCUGACAAAAAUCGUUCCAUAGUUUCUCACAUAAAAUUAGCAACAGUUAAGUUAAAAGGUCCGGCUAGUCCUCAUCAGCAAGGUAUAAUAGACGAUAAUCAACCCUUAGAAACUUUACCUUGUGGUUUAGUUGUACGUAGUAUUGGCUACUGUGGUGUCCGUAUUGAUCCAGAUUUGCCGUUCGAUGAAAAAAAUGGAGUGAUUCUUUGCAAAGAUAACAAUGGACGCGUAGUUGAUCUACCACAAAUUUCAUACAAUUUCUCCUUAAGUCCAAUGUAUUGUACUGGUUGGAUUAAACGCGGUCCAAGUGGUGUAAUCGUCGAUACAGCUGUAGAUGCUCGUCAAACCGCUGAAACUAUUCUCAUGGAUUUGUCUGAAUUUGAAAGACGCGGUCAUGUAGAUGUAUUAAACAAACGUGGACUCUCUGUAGUCCAACGUUACCUUAACGAAAGAAAUGUACAUGUUGUAAAGUUUAAAAAUUGGGAACGUAUUGAUGAAGCGGAAAAAUUAGCCGGUCAAAUACUCGAUAAACCAAGAGAAAAAUUGACUACAAUUCAAUCUAUGUUAAAAACAGCUUUUACUGAUGUAGCACAACCUAAAUCAUCUCGCCAAUAGUUUCUAGUUGUAAUCUUUUAUUUUUAACUGUAUAAAUGCUCUAAGUAGUAGGAUAUCUUUAAUGGUUUGCAUUCUUAUUUCAACUCUAAAUUUGUUCAAUGCCAGUUAAAUUUUAUAAAAAAAAUCAAUUCUUAUUAUGACUUUUAUUUUACUGCAUAUGGUGUCUUCAUAAUAUUGUAUGUAGCCGAAAAUUUUAAAAGUAUUUUCGUAUGUUCAAAUUCUGUGAUAUGGGUAUGUCGUCAGUGAUGAAAUAACUAUGAUGUUUUGGUAUGGAUUACUCAAAAGUAUAAAUUGUACCCAAACAGAAUUAGAUUAUUUUUAACGUGUUUCACAAUAUACUUUAUUUGGAUUCGACUCAACAUUAAACCUUCACCGACGUAAAUAGUUAAAGCUUACGCUACCCAUAUAUAACUAAUUCCUACCUCAAUAUGUUGUGUAACUCAUCUGCGAAGUACAGGAUUUUAUGAAGUGGGGUUUUAACCACGUUUUCUGUCAAGGAUGACAAUACUACGCGGCUUCAUAAACUGAAGUAGAUGAAACGAGAUUAAAACUUUUAACCCAUUAAUUGUAUCCCAACUUGUCUAAUCACAAUACCAAUAUUUCAAGUACGUUGUAUUCAUUUGAGUAAGAGGUUUGAGACAGCCAAGCCAAUUUAUGGUGUCAGUCUGGCGUAAAAAAAAAUACUUGAAGCCCUCUAAACCCUGUGUUUGAUUCCUUUUACUGUUUCUUAGCUUACUAUUAUCAUACGUAUCUUUAUUUAGACAUUUUGUAAUUUCUCCUGAUUUGAUGUAAGUUGACAACCGAUACAUACGUCUGUCGCGUUUUACGGUGUUCGUAAAUGAAUGGUUGCAUGUUAAUUCAG